GUCUAUUUCUGACUUUGGGAUUGUUUGUCCCGUCGGGUUAGGUCACUGAGCCGUGCGGGCUGCCGUCGUGAGGCGGUUGUUGUGACAGCGGCGCCUUGGAACGGCAGUUUGGGAGAGGCAUGGCCGAGGGGGGCAGCGCAGCCGCAGCAAAGGAGACCAAAUUAUCAGCUGACGUUGAACCGUUUGUGCCAAAACAGCAAACAAUUGGAGCAAAAUCGUCUGAAUCAUCAGCUACGUUACCAAGAUACCUAACAACCUGUUAUCCUUUUGUUCAAGAUCCUUAUGUGGAUAGGCAGCGUUUGCACACAUCAGAGAAUGGCUGCAGUAAACAGUCUCAGAAUUUUUCAGAGUUGCACACAUCCUAUCCAGUUAUGCCAUCUCAGUUGCCUAUGGACUAUUCCUUCUGCUAUUCAUAUAAACAGACAUCUGAAUCUCCAUUAAAUUUGUAUGCGCACACAGCAUCACGCUGCGAAGACAUUGGCUUUUCGAAGCACAAGUAUGGUAGCAGAAGUAACAAGGAAAAACAGCCUGGCCUGCAGGAAUUUGAGAAGGAGAAAGCAUUUUUGAACCAGACAACUAAGGAAACAAGAUCCAGAAAAGAUUUUAAAAAACAGAGGCAAAAUGCAAAUGAAGUACCUGAGGUUGCAACAGAUGAACAAUUACAACAGCCUGAUGUAUUGAAGAAUAAUGGAACCAAAUAUCAAGUCAAGCGGUCUAACAGAUGCCACCACAGCAAAUCAAACUCCAUUCAGAAAAUUCAAAGUGAAUCUGAGUCUAAGGCUGAUAUCACACCUGAAAUCGCUUUGAGUGAUUUCCCCGAAUUACAGAGCUCAUUAGCACAACAAUGUAACCGUGUCUUUGGAAAUGUCAGGGUGUCCAGUAAAGGCUCCGAGCAGUCUGCCAAAAUAUGCCCAUCAGAUGGUGCAGCACAAGUGGGUGAGACACUGGAGACACCCAAGCUACCUGGAUUUCCAACUGCUUCAGAGAAAUGUUCUGUCUCUGACUCCACUUCUGUCACAGCAAGUACAGUAGCACCACCUACGUCAUCUUUAUCUACUGACCCUCCAUCUGUCUUGUCGUGGGCCAGAAUUGUUUCACAAGCGCCUAAGAAACCUGUUCUCUGUUCAGCUCCACCAAAGAUAUCUGCACAUAAUGUUUCUCAGAGCUAUGGUGGUGAAACAAAACUGAAAGAGUCCGUUGGGAAACGGAAAAAGAAGAAAAAGAAACAAAAACCAAAGGAACCAAAUGCUGCUCCAAAACCUAAUGAGUCCAAGAUAACUGUGCAGGAGUUACCUCGAUUUGAGGAUGACAAAGAAUUUCCAGAUUUGACAUCUGCAGUAAGCAGUUCUGACAAAGCCAACAAUGCUGGAGAAGUGACGUCAUUUUCCUACAAACCGUCAUCAACGAAUGGAGAAUUGGUUAUAAAUAUGACCAACUCCCACGCUAUUGGUGGCAAACUGAUCUCUUUGGACCAAAACCAGAAACCAGUCCAACUGCUAAGAAAAGAAUCAAGUCAUGAAUCUGCAUCCAGUAGUCCACAGAAGAAAGCUGUGGAAGCUCCAAAGAAAGGUGGUAAAAAGAGUAAGGUACCCAUGCAGCUAGAUUUUGGUAACAUGCUGGCUGUCCUAGAACAAAAGCAGCAGGAGAAGAAGUCCAAACACACCCCUAAGCCAAUCGUAUUUGCAGUUGGAGGGGCAUUUCCAUUAGUUCCCAAAGAACCCACAACAUCGAAAAGACAGCCCCAAGGCUCAAGUCAGGAAAAGGUUCCACAUAAUCCCUUGGACUCGAGCGCACCUUUGGUAAAGCGAGGAAAACAGAGGGAAGUUCCAAAGGCCAAAAAACCAACAUCACUUAAAAAGAUUAUAUUGAAGGAAAGAGAAGAAAGGAAACAACGACGCUUGCUAGAGGAAAAGGGAUUGAUCCCAUCAGAUUGCAAUGUAUUUGCUCAAGAGGAUCAAGCAGUUAUUUCGGAUCAGAAUGAGAACCUGGACACACAAAACAAAGCAGCUGAAUUAAAUGAUUCAACAGAUUUGGCUGAUUCUGCUCCAUCUUCAUGCAAUCAAAAUUUAGAAUCACUUUCUGAAGCACCGAAAUAUCCUGAAGGAACUUUGACAGAAAGCAUUUUGAUGAAUUCCAGACGUCCAAAGAUACACAGUAGACGGUUUAGAGAAUAUUGCAGCCAAGUGCUCAGUAAAGAAGUUGAUAACUAUGUGUCUGACCUGCUGAAAGAACUUGUCCGUUUCCAAGAUCGUUUGUACCAGAAGGAUCCAAUUAAAGCUAAGAAAAAACGUAGGAUUGUAAUGGGGCUGAGAGAAGUGUUAAAACAUCUAAAACUGAAAAAGCUUAAAUGUGUUAUCAUUUCUCCAAACUGUGAAAGAAUACAAUCCAAAGGUGGCUUAGACGAGACGUUGCACACAAUAAUUGAAGUUGCCCGUGAACAAGAAAUUCCAUUUGUCUUUGCUCUCAAUCGUAAAGCUCUAGGGCGCUGCGUAAACAAAGCAGUUCCUGUUAGUGUGGUUGGAAUCUUCAGCUAUGAUGGUGCUGAGAAUCAAUUUCAUCAAAUGGUUGAACUCACUGAAGAAGCAAGGAAAGCAUAUCAGGAAAUGCUUAAUGCCCUAGAGCAAGAACUUAUAGCAAUUGAAGGGUGUUCAGAAGAGCCAUUGUGUAAUCUGAUAGAGGAAAGCACAACUACGUUGGAUAACAUGACCUCUCAGUCCUUUUUGGAGGCUGGUGAACCAGAAUAUGUUACUACGUGGAGAAACUUGCUCAAGAGACAGUCUAACUCCAACCUAUCCAACACUGAAAAUGCAGGAACUUCAGAGACUCUACAUUGUGAAUCAGAAGAAGAAGCUGAUGCUACCUGAUCUGCUCAGUUUUUCCAGAACUUUGUUUUUAUUUCAUUUCUCCAGCAUCUAUGGAAUUGUUUGAAGAUAAGGAAUGCAAACUUGAUGCAUUACUUGAUUGAUCUCAAUGAAUCAUUCUUACAUUUGUCACUGGUAAUGAUAUUUAAAAUAGUAAUUUCAGUGAACCCUGAAUCUGGAACAACUCUCAAUUUUUCUCAAUUAUUGUAAAAGUUUUCUAUGAGAAGUCUGUUCAGUUUCCAGGUUAGUGUGGGGUAUGUGGUGUUAUUAAACAUUUGAUUUAUUUGAAGACAAAAUAAUCUGGUUUGUCCCAGGGUUGUUUCAUCAUUAAGGUGCUAUCUUUUCUCUUUAGCUGACAGGCUAUUUCAUUUUGUACAGAGGACUCUUAAUUUGUAUGCAGUGCAGACGUUGAAUUGUGGUAAUUUAUCGAAGCACAUUUAGUUGUGAUCGAGUAAUAUAGUAGAUCACCUUUGUGCCAAAAAAAUGUCAGCAAGGUUGGAAUGUCUGGUUGAACCAGCUGCUCAGAAUAACACUUUCCAGAGAUGAGGCAAUUGCAACUAAUAAUGGGUGGAGAUUUCACUCUAAACAGGCUGCCAUGAUGGUUUCGGACAAAACCUGGCCAAAUUUCUGCUCCUCCUCUGUAUUUCAAGUAGACAAACACUAGGAAUGAAUCUCCGAUUUCACAUACUGAACAUGUUCAGGCCCUAUGUUUUGUGUCUGAGCAAUAACAACUAUUGUGUCCAGUUUAGUGCUAAUCUGUGCUGAGUUAGCUAAUAUAACAUCCAAGGGUAUUAACAUCCAUUGGUUAGGUAGGGGAAAGAUCAACAAAAGUUUCUGCUGCUGCUGCUGCUGCUUAAUUCUUUCACAAGAUGUGGGAAUUGUCAGUUUUGCCAGUACUUCUUGCCAUUGCUAAUUGCCCUUGAAUUGAGUGGUUUUCAGGGUCAUUUCAGAAAACGGGUAAAAGUCAACCACAUUGGUAUGUGAGUAUGGAGUCACACAACAGCAGAUGUGACCUUAAAAGAUGUCAGUGAACCAGAUGGGUCGUUAGAAAAAUUGGAAUGGUUUCAUAGUCACCACUAUUAUGACUGGCUUUAUUAUUGGAAUUUAAAUAGUAAUAGUUACCUGGUAGGAUUUGGACGCAUGUUCCCACAAACAGCCUGGACCUCUGGAAUACCAGUCCAAGGACGUUAUCACAAUGCCAUCACCUUGCCCUUAUUUGGUGACCCUAACCGGAUGUGGAAGGGUGUAGAUAGUAAAUAAACCAGAAGUGGGCAAGGUGUUAUUCAUCUCAAUUGUAUAGUCUGCCUAUGCUCAACAUCAUGUAAAUAAUUGCCAAUUAAUGAGUUAUUGGAGGUCAUUCAUCUGUAAAAUGGUGAGAGACUCCAAACCUUCAGUCGAGGUGGGGAAGAGUAAGGAAAAAAUAUAAGACAAAAACAAAUUGAAAUCGUACAAAUCCUACUUUCCUUACUUUCAAUAAUGAAUAAAAUGUUCACAUCUUUGUUUUUAAGCUAACAGUCUGAUAAGCAUGCUGUUUUCACGUUUGAGUUUCCAGCAAGUUUUGCAUUUUCCAAAAAUUUGUGAUAGGCUAACUAUUCAUGAAAGCACUGGUUAACUGCCACUCUGAUGUAUUUACUACAAUUUAAUGUAGGCCCAGAAUUUCAAAUCAGGCUCAGAAAUCCUAUUGCUGACCAUGAUCGUGCAAAAAAAAACCUUACCUUUGGAGGAGCACUCCAUGUGAAUUUCUGGGGCCAAAAGCUGCCUAGAGACUGGACAAAGAUACAAUGUAACCAACAGCAGAGUAGGUCAGUAUUGCCAUUACACCCACCCAUUUUUCAAUAGCAGCUUCAGUAUUAUUAGAUUUAAAAGUCCUGAAGCAAUUUGACAGCAGCUGAAAGAAAGUAAAUGAGGUAAGUGAAGAUGUAAGGUGGCAUGUGGAUGAGGGAUGCAAGUAGUAGAAGGGUCCUUGGAUCUUGUGUGGAGGUAAUAGGAUGAUAAGUAAGUGUAUGCAUGCUUAGCAUUGGUUGGGUAGGGGGAAGAGUUGUUUUAGGCUGGUUUAAUCAUUAGGUUAUGGGGGAUGAGAGAGGGUCUUUGGGUCCAAUGUCAGUACGCACGAGGGGUAAGAUGUCAGGUGUCAUGGGGUUUCCAGGUGGGAGGAGUGCACAGGGUUGAGAUUGUUGGUUGGGUAAAGUUAAUAAUUACUCAAGUUACAGUAGAUUUAAUCCAAAUUUUGCUUAGGUAACAAUCGACUUAAUGCAGUUGGAAUCCUUUGAAGUCUCCACUCUAACUCGGAGCUGUUGACUUUAUCUAGAGACUUCUGAACAGCAGUUAUUUACCCAUUGAAAGUUUUGACUUCUAGGGCAAUUCCCAGCUGCUUGGGAAUUACUCAUAGGCCUGCCUGCAACUUUUGUUUACUGAUACAAAAGAUUUAAUAAUUAUUUAGUUUUUUUAAUAGUUGAUUGAUAUUUUGACAACAUAAAUAUGCUAGCUUACAAAGCUGGCUCAAUUGCACUGAGGGUGGAUUCACAAAAUGGUAAUUUACAAGAAGUAUCAAAUACUCCUGUGGGCAGUUCAGUCUGCUUUAUGGGAAGCAAAUGCUAAUUUAUUUUUCUUUCUAUAGAAACUUCACACCAAAUGUGUGUUGUUUUUCAUUCUUCUUGUUUAUUACUGUUCCCUUUUCCUUCUUUUCCCUGCAAUCUGCAAUGAUAAAGAGGUAAAGAGGAUGAGCUAGUUAUGGAAUAGCAAAAGCAAUCCAAGACAGGUUUCAGCAUGCCACCGGUGCCUAAAUAUUUUUUAAAAACUGAUUCAGGUCCAAAACCUAGGAUUGUGACUGGGGUUUGAGCAUCUUCCAAGUUUGUGAUAUGGAUGUCCACUUACGAAAAAAUUCCUUUCUGCAAACAAUAUUAUGCAAGUGCACCAGCUGUUUCAAAAAGGUGGAACUGUAAUUAAUGUUUGAUUUUUGUUCUAACAAGUAAACUGUAAAGUUAUCUGUAAAAAUCAAUUUUCGUUUAGCAAUAUUAUGGAAGGCACCAUUAUUCUUGCUUUUUUUUAAACAAAGCUGUAAUGCAACUUGAAGUAAUUGAUGAUAUAAAGAACUGCCUGCUGAUCUAUAACUCCGUAUACUUGAUUUACAAAGGCAAUAAACACUGUUGAUUUUGCAAAACUGUGAAUUUUACUUUAAGGAUAGGUUUUAUUAUAAGUAAUUUAAUGUAGAAUGUAUUCCGA